CCCCACGUAGUUCUUUGCGGAUCAAAGACCGCGGAGCAAGGAGGACACGAAGCCGAAACUAUUGCCACCAGGAGAGGCUGCUAUGGCUGACGAGUUCAGCGACGACGAAUGGUCGUUUUACAUCGACGAUGUACGCCACACCGAGGCGGUCACAUGGAUCUGACGGCAAAGGGGAAGAUCCCAUGUUCAAGGACCUCGUCGAAUAUCUUAAAGCUGUGGAGCCAAUUUUUCAGCGCAUACCCAACCUGGGAUAUUUCUCCUGCGUGACAGCAUUGGCCUUCGUGGCGCUCGCAGCCAUUAUAUCGACAUUUGGGAACGGCUGUGAUGUCAUGUUGCAACCGCGUACGCAUGAGUUGGAGAUUGGCCCAAAUUAUCGCGACGUUGCUAGGUAACCCAGAUUCCACACCCGGAUCACUUAAC